CACGCCUUUCCCAUCCUUUCCCGCAUGGCCAGGGACUUCCUCGCGAUUCCAGCAACAAGUGUCUCGGUUGAACGUGUAUUUUCCAAGUCGCGGCACAUAUGCUCAGAUCUUAGGAGCUCACUCCGAGCUGAGACUAUUCAACAAGCCUUGUUGACCAAGGUCUGGAUCCGGAGUGGCUUGUUGAACUUGAAGGACCCGGAUCCUCCUCGCAAACGCGCUAAACAUGGCACGUCGUAG